CUGAACGUCGCUGGGAAAAGCAGUUCGAAGAGCGUGCUUCAAUGCAGGUCUAAGUAGAUGCCCUACAAAAAACCACUGGUUUCAAGGAGGUCAAGGAGAGAAGCGGCCCCUUGAGAAGACUUUAAGAGUGCAACGAUGCCCAGUAAGAGAAGUGCUGGCGCUUUCCGCCCAUUCGCCGAGCAAGACGCCGCCUGCAUCCGUCACAAAUGGGAAGCCACGUUUCCCUCGCUGAUUGAUCUCCUGAACUCCCGUCAAAACCAACCCCCGGUUAGGAGCAUAACCCUCUCGAAACUGUCGGUCAGACCUGUGAGGGUGCAACGAGAUGUGUUCGAGAGGGGGGGCCAGCCAAAAGACUACGACAUCAACUUUGACGUAGAGUUCGAGGACAAGUCGGUGGUAAACGACCUCCGAAGCGCGGCGGACCUCGUAAGAGGGGUCGGCCGAAAGUGGGGUUUAGGAGAGGGUUUGGAGGCGGUUAUCUUCCCGAGCGCGCAGUGGAUAUCGGCGAAAGCGGUAACCCGUCACGUGGUGUUCAUUGCCAAGGAAAGGCGGGCUGCUUUGGCUCGCGGGGCGUCAGGUCAGAGGGGAGAGAUGACGUCAGCAAGCGCGGGCGGAGAGUUGGGGUCUGGUGCAGGUCCUUCUUGUGAGAACAGCCAAAGGGGACAAAGGAAGAGGGGCAGAGGGGAAGCUGCAGAAGAAGGGGGCAUGGAAAAGGAAGGGAGGAAAGACGUCGCGGCGACCACGAAGGUGAGAAGCAAGCGGGGGCGGAGGAGAGAAACACUGGAAGUGGGCGCCCACGAAACGAGGGGCGCAGGGGUGUCUGGCGGGGUGGAGAAGACGGGAGGGGCCCGAGAGGUGGGCGAGAAAAAGAGCACAGAAAAGCGGAGGAAAAUGAACGUCACCCCCGAGGUUGAAGUGCCAACUGGAGGAACACUUGGAGACGGAGGAAGGAGAGGCACUGGAGUACUUCCAAGUGAGCUAGCGGCAUCAGGGGUGGGAGUAUUAACUCGGGGUUCCCAAAGGGGGAGCGCACCAGCAGAGAAGCUGAAGAGACUGACCGCCAUCUUGGACAUUAGGAGAAGGACUAGACGGCCGGACCCAACGGAGGCAGAUGCGGAGGAUCCAAACGAGCCUCCCACUGUAGAGGAAGCCUCCUUCCGUUUAGAGCCGGACAGAUGGGUGCCCACUUCGGGAUUCGACAAAGAUGGUGUUGGCCCCGUCCCAGUUCUUCAAAGCAAAACGUUCCUGCCUGGUGACGUCACACCAGCUGCGGCGGAGGGGGGUGCUGACGUCAGCGCUGCACCCAUGUUCCAAGGGGGCGGAAGUGGGGUCACGGGGAUGCGAGAUGCUGAUGGCGGAGACCAAGGCAGGGAGGCGGUGCAGCAAGAUGACGUCAGCAAGAGCGCCAAGGGAGUAGCCAACAUGGGCAGAAGUGGUGGCGGCGCGACACCGUCAACCGAAGCUGGGGGAAUGGGGGAAGCGGACAGUGGUGGUGCCUCGGGGGGUGAUUCGGCCUGCCCAAUUUUUGACCGGUUUCGGAAGCCGGGGGCGAAGAAGAAAGGUCUCUUCAAGAGGACGAAGAGCCGCCUUAAAGAAACGGAGGGCCCCCAGAAGAGCUCGCAGCGGUCUGAGGAGAACCUGAACAAGACAGCAACGACGGAAGUGGGGCCGGUGAGCGGGGGCGUGUUCACCUCAGGUGGAAUCGGUGAGCGGGGCACUGGUGAAAAUGUGUCCGUGGAGCAGGGUGGAGUUUUCACGGGAGGAAGUGGGGCCCCCUUAACCCCGAGCAAAAAUGGAAAGGGUGGCGGGAGUGUGAACGCGUUUUCGGUGCAGGGUACCCGUCCCGAGGUGGCGAGCGGACAGGGAGGCCUUUGGGGGCGGGGCAAGAGAAAGCGAAAGCCACUUUUUGACGUAGACGCGUUCUGCUGGCCGGCUCGCAAGAAACCCAGGCCUGCGCCAGCUGUUAACCUGAACGAAGGGCUGGCGUCCGAACCCGCUCCUACCAAGUCCGAACCCUUUCCUGACGCGUCCACCGAACCUGCCCCUGGUGCAUCCGAACCCGCGUCCACAGCGCCGGCAGCAGCACCUGGGGCGUCCGCACCCACUCGUGAUGCCUCCGAAGCUGCACCAGUGGGGUCUGCUCCCUCCCCUGAUACGUUCAUCCAAGCGCCUGGUGCGUCCGAAUUGGCGCCCGGUGCAUCAGUCCCAGCAAUUGAUGCGUCCGAAGCGGCACCCAGUGCGUCCGAACCCGCUCCUGGUUCUUCCGAACCUGGGCCUACUGCAACCGAACCUGUGCCCACUUCGCCCGGACCUGCUUCCGAUGGGUCCGGGCCUUCGCCUGACGUUCUGGAACACGCGCUCGAGGCGUCCGGUACUGAUCCGGGCGCGUCCGAAUCGGCGCUUGAGGCGUCCAUACUGCUGGGCGAAACCGCUGGGAACGCAGAGUGCGGACAGCAGCUUUUUCCGGGGGAGCGCGAGUUAGGGAGCCUCAACCUCCCGCGAAAUGAGAACCCUCCGCAAACGUGCGUGGCUGGUGGCGGGGACGUUCCGGUCGGUGUGCCUGGAGGUUCUAAGGCGGAAAAACAAUCUGCCAGGCGGGUGAUUGACCGAGCGCUGGAGGGGGGGGGAUGCGGCGCCUCUGUGAAAUGGGCGAUGUCGUUGGAAGUCCCGAGAAGCGGAGAGCCCGCUAAAGCGUCCCCCGGAAAGCGGCAGCGCCGAAAGGAGUGCGUGCCGAAAGAGCGGGGCCCGUUAAGCGGCGUUCCUGCGUGGGACGAGAAAAGCAGCGGUGGCACAGGGACGUUGGCGGACGCUCAAGUCAAUAGAAGGAACGGAACAAGGGCGGGCGGAGCGGGCGAGGAGCGGAGGCGUUCGGAGAGGAAGACACGAGCAGGCGCAAAAGCCCCGCUUGCUCCCCAGACUCCAGCCCCCAAGAAGUCAACAGCGUGGCCGAAAAACUUAGUUGUUCUCGACGGGUCUGACGACGAAGCGACGCCGUCUCCAACUCGAACGCUCUGCGCUUCCGCCAACGAGCCCACCAUUCCGUUCUCUUUGCCGGGGAGUGCGGUUGGGUCUCCGAAGACUUGUGAACGCUCAACCCAGAUUGAGCAGCCGAAGGGGGAACUGCGCCAGAAUCAGCAUCGAGAAGGUGAAGGUUCGCAGGCGGGGCUUGAUACUGCGGAGUCGCUAGCUGAAGACGGCACCGUUCAGGACACAACGGCGACCAACUUGGCUGCUGCGGCCGGACUCUGGUCGCCGGCCAAGACCCCGGAGCCGUCCGAACGGACGCAACCAACGCCGCUGCGGACGCCCGAACCGUCUGAGGAGCGCCGGGGUUCGUGGGGGCCGUCGCCGAGCGCUGCAGAAAACGGACACGUGGAGGACUGGUACGUGGCAAAAGGAGACGUGGCGGAAACGGGUCUGGCAGAAGAGCCUUCGAGGCAGGGACGGAGUGGCGUACGAGCCCAGGCGUCGGCUGGAAGUGAGGAGAUUGGGGGACGGGUCGCGGGUGGGCUAGACGGGCUGGUUGAGGAUGGAAAUACUGCCCGGGGGGAUCACCCGGGCGACAGCAAGGGGCUGGCCACGGAGCCAGGUACUGCAGCAAAAAGUCGUUCGAUCCUGUUUGAAGGGGCAGCCAGGGGUGUCGAGGCUGGAUGGCAGCAACCGGGGAUGGAUGGUGAGACGACGGGACACACGGGUAAGCCCGGGGAAGGCGUACCGGGCAGUCAACCGGAAGGAAAGGGAAGUCAGGGGGGAGAUGGGUCGGUGAGCGAGGCUUUGGGGGGAGAAAGUGACCACACGUCUGCCGGCCCUUCCGUACCGCUGGCAGGGGGUUCGCAAACCGAUGCUCCGGAAAGUCCGCUGACGGACACAGCGCUGCCGUUCGGAGAUCAAGAACUAGAACCGGAAGAAAAAAGGACGGUUGCUUAUGCGGGAGCGACCGAAACUACGGAAGCGCCCCAGGCAAUUCUUCCCGGGGUGGAACAGACAGAUCCCAGAAGCGGCGGGGAAGGGGAAGAGACCGAAGGCGACGCCACAGAAGAGGAACACGUGGCAGCAGAUUCAAAUGGGGUGGAGAGUGCGGGCGUCGGGGACUGGCUCCCAGAGGUGGGCGACCUGGGAGGCGAGGCGCCGCUGGAUGUUGGAGAAGGUGGUCCAGGUACGGACGGGGUGAUGGCGGAGGACGGGAGCCCGUCUGAAGAAGCUCUCAGGUCCGUCAAAGCACCGGCCGCCGAGCUCAGCGACCGCCCGGAACCGGGACGCUCUGCGCCCCUGUCCGAAUCCCCGUCCGAAAGACCCCCGGAACACAUCGGACACCCCGUUCCGCCAGCGUCUCUUUCGGAGAGGCUCGCGCCAAGCUGCGCCGACAAGCAGCCAGAGACUGGGGCAGCCAAACCGUCCGUUGGGCUGUCCGAAUUAGUAAGGUCCGAAAACGCUGGCAGGUUCGGACUGUCCAAAACGCCAGCAGACCUGUCCGGAUCCCGAAGUCCGCAGUCGGAGAUCCCGAACAGGUCGUCUGGGCUGCCCGGAAGUGAGUUAGUUUCCGGUGAGAAAGGAGAAGAUCAGAGGGGCAGAUCGGAACCGGUGCCGGCAGGCGGCGAACUACAAAGGGAGAUAAUUCUGGAGGCGUCGACUUUGCUGCAGCAAGGGAUACAAAAGGCGAGGAAAGUGCGCGAAGCAAUGGAGCUAAGGAUUGGUGCGCUCAGUCGGGAACUGGAGGGCAAGACGAAAGAGGUUACGGGAUACAAAGAAAGAGAAGCGGAGUGGAAGAGACGGGAGGAAACUUUGAGAAUGGAGUUAAAAGUUUCGAUGCAGGAAGUCGAACGGGGAAAGAGCGUGCUGGCCGAUUUCGGGAAGAGGACUGCAGCGGAAAAAGCGGAGUUAGAAAGCAGUGUCAGAGAUUUAAGGGGCCAAGUGGAGGAGAAAGAAAAGCAAGUGGGCUGUCUGGAAGAGGCGCUUAGAAAGCAAAGGGAACGAGCAGCGGAACUGGAGACGCAACUAGAGGCGGUGAGGCAAACGGCAGAAGCGAGGGGAAAGCUGGAGGCCGAGCUGACGUCAGCGAGGGCGGAUGCCGCGUCAGCAAGAGAGGAGUUGAUGUCAGUCAGGGAGGCGCUGAGAAGAGCGACGGAACGAGCGGCAGCGGACUCGGAGGCGCAGCGACUAGAGGCGACCAGAGCGACGGCCGAAGCGUGUGAAGCGAUGCGGAAGCUGGAGACGGAGCUGACGUCAGCGAGGGCGGAUGCCGCGUCAGCAAGAGAGGAGGUGAGGUCAGUCAGCGAGGCGCUGAGAAGGGCGACGGAACGAGCGGCAGGGGACUCGGCAGCGCAGCAAAUAGAGGCGGCUAGAGCGACGGCCGACGUCUGUGAGGCGAUGCGGAAGCUGGAGACGGAGCUGACGUCAGCGAGAGCGGAGUCGGGGUCAGCAAGGGCGGAGGUGACGUCACUCAAGGAGGCGCUGGAAAAAGAAGCAGAACGAGUGGCAGAGGCGGAGGCGCAACAACGAGAGGUGGUGAGGGAAAUGGCCGAAGCGCGCGAGGCGAUGCCGACGCUGGAACUGGAGCUAGCGUUAGCAAGAGCGGAGGUUGCGUCAGCAAGGGCAGAGGUGACGUCACUCAGGGCGCUGGUCGAGGAGGAAACGGAGGACUUAGCAAACAGUCAGAGCAAGGCGACGCAACUAGAGCAGGAACGGAACGCCGCCCUAGAGCGGGCAGCGGAACUAGAGCGAGAGGUGAAAACCGCCCUACAGUUAACAGAGGAAGUGGAAGCGGAGCGGGACGAAGCCGUACAGCAGAACGAGCAACUAGAGAAGAGAUGGAACGACGCCCUGCCGCGCAGAGCACAGGUCGCUAGGGAGGCGAGAACUUUGCUGGAGGAAGAAGCACGUGCCAAGAAGGAAGCGGGGUCGGUAUACGGUAUAAUGGAGCAGAUUGAGGAAGGGCUCAGAGGGGAGCUCGAUAAAAAGUUCUCUCUUUUGAGCGACCUCCGCUGUGGUGCUAGCCGUGUAGUGGUCGCCCUGGAGGGAGGACUGGGUCAAGUGGUGCUCGCCGGAGCAGGGAAGCCUGGACUCGGGGAUGCGGUGAGGCUUUCACGUGGCACCGGUGCUGACGUGGCGGCCGCGGCUGACGUCAUCGAGGACGGGGGCCAAGCGCUGGGAGGGCGCGUGGUAACCAAGGGAACGGUGAGUAGGGAAACUUCUGAGGGGGGCCUGCCAUGUGGCGGUUCGACAGCCGACGCGUGCGUCGGGACGGAUCUCGCGGUCUGGGAAGGCCACGUGGCUGCUGCUGACGUCAUCAGGAGGGAACGUAACGUCUCCCGCAAAGAGAAAGAAGAGCUCGAAUUGGAAUUGAGGUUGCUGGAAUUGCUGAGGGGCCUGGAGAGCGAGCGGGAGAGUGCUCGACGGGAGAUUGCCGAAGAGAAGGAGGGUCUUAGGCGGAAGUCAGAAGAGGAGGUCGACCGCAUUGCGGAGCUGCAGAAGAUUGCCGAGAGCAAGUACCGCGCUCAGCGCAACAAGAAAUUGUAAAAUACCUAGUUUUAGUGGAUAUGCUUUGCUACUAUCCGGCACGAAACACUCGUGAUUUUGGCCAAAAGAAUUGGAACUGUGCAUGUACAGAGUCGCCUUGUGUUUGUUCGAAAGAAGGCUUGUGGCUUGCAGUGUAUAAGACCGUCAAACAUAGUGACAGCGGGAAUGGUGUCCCCUUCAGAGUCAAUUGCGUAACCACCACGCUCUAAACAGCCCAGGCUUAAAUAGUAGCUUAGUUUGAGCAACAUUCCUUUAAGCCAAGUAUACUGUACCAUAAGUAUACGGAUGCUCAGAAAGAUUCACACAUAGUGCGGAUCAUUGAUGC